AGGGAGAAGGGGACAGAGACAGAGAAAGAAACAAAGACAGAGAGAGACAGGAAGACAGGAAGGAGAGAAAUAUAUAUUUGAAUAUUUGUUUUGUUGCUCUUACUAUUAUUGUUAUUGUUGGUAUCGUUAUUAUGAUUGUUACAAACAGCCACCCUUUGGCAAUGUUCAUUUAAAAUAUGCUAUGUCAGUAAAGCAUUUUGAAUUUGAAUUUGAACUUGAUUUUCAGAGAGAGAGCGAGAGAGUUUUUGAUGAAGCUCCAGUCGCAGUCUACGUCUGCAUUCCAAGCUAAGGAAGGUGGGGGGAGGAGAGAGAGAAAGAGAGAAAGAGAGAGAGAGAGAGAGGGAGAGAGAGAAAGAGGGAGGGAGGGGGAGAGUGACAGAGAGGGACUGCGAGACGGAGGAAGAGACCAAGGAAAGGAGAUAGUGAGAGAUAGGGAAAGAUAGGGAGAGAGAAAAAGCAAAAGGAAGCAUAAGAGAGAAAGAAGAAGAGAGCGAGAUAGAGAAAAGGAUUGAGAGAAAGUGAGCAAGAGGAAGGGAGAGAGAGGGAGAGAGAGAGAGAGGGAGAGAGAGAGAGAGGAGUCUGCUCCGGUGAUGUGAGUCGGGGGCUGUUCUUCAGCGGAGACGCGCGGAGUCUGCGGUUAGCGGCUUUCGCUCGGGGAACGAGGCGACCCUCCGCCGGGACUCCACUCUGCGCGCAGGACCCCCCCACCGCCACCGCCACCGCCACCGCACCCCCCCACCCUCCCUCCGUCCCGUUCGUCUGCCUGCACCUCCCUCUGCGUGGACGUCCAGACGCCCGCCCCCCAGCGCCCCCUCCCCCGCGCGAUCAUAGCGGAACAGGGGGUCUUUUUCAAAGGAGGGGGAGAAAAAAAAAUACACUGGACAAGAACCGUUUCGCCACCUGCUGGGAUUUCACUUAAAAAAGAACUUUGCUUUUUCUCCUUCCUCUUCUCCUGCUGAGAGUUUUUUUGGGGUGAUUAUUUUCGCUCUGCAAGGAAACUGUUUCUGUCUGAGGGAGAGAAAACUCUUUUUUUUUUUUUUGGUCCUCUUGGCUGAUAUUUUGAACGCACCUUCCCCAUCAGCAGAAAACUCUUUCAGCGUCCGUCCGGACUCCAGAGUGGAUUAUAAUCGCGUCUCCUCCUUUUCAUUUCUCUUGAAAUUGAAUUAAAGGAUUAUCCCCACCAUUCAUUUUCUUUUGUGGAACGGCAGACAGGAGAAGGAUGUCGGACCUUCGGUUUCUCCUCCGGGGCUCUGAAGGGAUUACGACGGGGGUCUGCCGCUUCAGAAUAAAAUGUCACGGAAAAAUUCCCCCCGCCAAUCAGCAUGGUAAAUCAUAGGGAGGGGAGAGAGAGUAAGUAUGCUGCCGCAGAUCGCCGCUUUCUUCCUCUAAGGCCAGCCGAACGAGGGUUGCGACGCGGCUGUUCGCUCGCGGGGUUUCGAGCGCUGAGGGGACUCGGAGCCGCCAGGAUCGGACCGGAUCGAAGGACGCGGACGUGAAAGUGUGUGACGCUCCGCGCGCGCGCGGCGGGAUUAAAAUAGUCGAGCGCAAAGAGCGGGGCUCACGCACCUUUCAGAGACAAGGCAAACAUUCAAGCAGGCAGUGUAUGUAUUAAUUGUACUCCGGGCAGUGCACAGAGUCCUGCUCUGUGUGCUUCUCUGCUUGUUUGCUUUUCGCUUUUGAAGCAGAGGAGUGAGUUACUGCCAUCUGUUCGCCCUUUUAAGUGGAGAUAGCCAGUCAUGAACUCGCCCAGGGACAAGAACCGUGAUCUAAUGUGCGUGAAGAUUACAGUCAUCUGAGGGAUCGUUGAUUUGCCUCAGACUCAUUAAAAGUUGCAGUUGAAAGCACCCCUCCCCCCCCCCGCCCCCUCCACAAACCCCAUUCCCUCCCCCGUUUGUUUUCUGCCCGUCCCCCCUCCUCCCCCCACCCCCGCUUGUCAGGAUGGUGCCCCCGCCGCCGGCGAACAAGCCCCACGUGUGCCUGUCCACCAUCUUGAUCAUGAGCAGCAUGGCGCUGAUGGACGCCUACCUGGUGGAGCAGAACCAGGGCCCGCGGAAGAUCGGCAUCUGCAUCAUGGUGCUGGUGGGCGACGUCUGCUUCCUCAUCGUCCUGCGCUACGUGGCGGUGUGGGUGGGCGCCGAGGUGCGGACCGCCAAGCGCGGCUACGCCAUGAUCCUCUGGUUCCUCUACGUCUUCGUCCUGGAGAUCAAGGUCUACUUCAUCUACCAGAACUACAAGGCGGACCGGCAGAGCUUGGACGCCGUGGCCCGCAAAGCCCUCACCUUGCUCCUCUCCAUCUUCGUGCCCGUCCUCUUCGUCAUCCUGGUGGCCAUCGACCACAUGGAGUACGUGCGCGCCUUCAAGAAGCGGGAGGAGAUCCGGAACCGCCUCUUCUGGGUGGUGGUGGACCUGCUGGACAUCCUGGACAUCCAGGCCAACCUGUGGGAGCCGCAGAAGAAAGGGCUCCCCCUGUGGGCCGAGGGACUGAUGUUCUUCUACUGCUACAUCCUGCUGCUGAUCCUGCCCUGCGUCUCCCUCAGCGAGAUCAGCAUGCAGGGCGUCAACAUCGUGCCCCACAAGAUGAUGCUCUACCCCAUCCUCAGCCUGGUCACCAUCAACAUCAUCACGCUCUUCAUCCGCGGCGGCAACAUGAUCUUCUACAAGGACAUGCGGGUGUCGGGCAUCCUGAUGGGCAAGAACGUGGUGGCCAUCAUCCUAAAGACGUGCAGCUUCGCGCAGUACCGGAGGCAGCUCCACAGCGCGCCGCCGGCCUUCGGCGUGGAGCUCCAGAAGAACUCGGUGCCCCUGGCGCGGCCCAUGGCCCUGCCCGUGCCCGCCCCGCCCCAGGUGGUGGUGCAGGACCUGACGGCGCUGCCCGAGGUGGCCACCUGCGACCACACGUAGCACAGGACGAACGUGAUUGUAUAAAAAAUUUAAUAAAAUUAAAACAUUUAUCAUUUUUCAAAAAAACGAACAUGGGAUUAUCAUGUUUAGCGAAUGCAGAAUAUGGAAUGCCACCACAGUGGGCACAGGAAAAGGACUGGCUCAAACAGGCUCCAUGUUAGCAGUACAAACCUGUGGUCCAAUGGUUUUUUAAAAAUGAAAGUGGUGUGGAGAAAUCCAAGAUUUGUGUGAUGUGUACGUGAGGGUGCUGUUAAUUCUUACUGUGGUCUGAUCUGCAUUGGUGACAGCGGUUCGAAAUCCAACUGUCACAAAAACCACGUACAAGUUGCAUUCCUACUUUUGUGAAAGGCACACUACCUACUUUUUAAAUGAAAACCACAGUGAUUUUUUUUAGAUGAUACCACGUAUUCUGAACUCUGUGCUCCACGUUGGGACCUGAACAGGAGAUAAUGUGAUUUCUCUUUUCUUUUUGGAUGAGGGGGGCUGCUUGUGCUGAUCAAGGCUCCUUUGCAGGAAAAGAAGACAAUGUAUUUUUUGAAACCAUACUGUGAAAAAAAAAGCCAACGGGUAUAUGAAUAUAUUUUUAUAUAAAUAUAACAUAUAAUUAAUGGUGUGUGGUGCAUUAUGACUUUGGGAAAGAAAAAAAUCAAACUGGAUGGUCGUGUGUCGUAACUUUCACUUUUUAAGUUCCUGACUUGCUUCUUUUGUAGUUGCCGUACCUUCCGGGUUAAAAUACUUCAGUUUAAAGAACCAACUGACACUGCUUUAUUUGAACAAAAAAAAAAAAAAACCUUUUCUUAACGAAAGUGUUUUAUAUGUGAUUCUUUGAUAAAGUACUGUGCGUACAUGAA